AUGGAAAAGAUAAACAUCAAAACAGAAGAUAUUCAAAGAGUUUUACCGCAAGAAAGCUCUCAUAAUCCGUUGUCCGGAGACAUAAUGAUUACAAAUGGCGCCAAUGGUGGUUCCAUGAGCAGCGGAACGGGAGUAGCAAGUGUUGCACCUAUGCCCGUACAUGGGGGAAAUACUGUGUAUCCUAAUGGACCCAAUGUGGGUAUGGGAGAUCCUUCCUUACAAGAAUAUUUAUCGCCUUUUUUCCAACCGUUCGGGGUGGAUGUGUCGCACUUUCCUUUAACCAACCCUCCUAUUUUCCAGAGCUCGCUUGCCAACUACUCCGAUGGGCCUAGGAGGCGGCGAAUUUCGAUAUCCAAUGGUCAGAUAAGCCAAUUAGGGGAUGAGACUGGGAACUUUGAUGAUCUAUAUUACAACCAGCCUCCUCCUUUGCCUCAGAGGCAGGAGUUCAUGAGUGCGAAAGCUGCAACUCAAAAUAAUGCCAUGGACGUUAAGAUUGCGCCAGCGCACCCCCCUCAUCCAUUCGUACAACAACCAACUGGCUUGGUAACGCAACCUCUGGAGGUACAGCCGGCUCAAAUGCCGAGCGACAUAGAGAUAAAGGACGAGACUUUUGGCGAACAACAUGAUUCUAGGAGUGCAAAUAUGAUGAGCCCCUUUUCUUCUCAGCAUAAUCAAAACACCCAUUUUGAGCAAAGAACGCGACGUGUUUCAAAUCACGAACCUCUCCCCGGUACAGCGGCAUGGAAGAGAGCACGCCUUUUGGAAAGAAAUCGGAUAGCUGCUUCUAAAUGUAGGCAAAGGAAGAAAGUUGCACAACAGCAACUGCAGAAAGAUGUGGUGGAACUAUCAAAAGAAAACAGGGAAAUGAGAAGGAAACUCGACUAUUAUGAAAAGCUGGUCUCCAAAUUCAAAAAGUUUACUGAGAUUCACAUGUCGUCAUGCGGAGGCUCAAAAGAUCAACUGAAUAUGAUCGAAGAAAUGUUAAAAAUCGAUCAUAAUAUAACAGAUACCAGUAAGGGACCAAUAAUGAGAAUGGGAAAUGGUAAGAGUUAG